AUGGAAACUGAGGAAACUAGAGAUCUGACUCUUAGUAGUGCUAAAACUAUUAUGGAGGCAAGGAAGGCUGAGCUAGAUUUGGCUAUUUGCAUUACUGAGGGAAUCUCUCAACAUGACAUGGUCUUUAUCAAGGCUGCUAUCAACAACCAUUCGAAAACUCAGCUCAUAGGUCCAAAUUGUCCGGGAAUUAUCAAGCAUCGAGAGUCGAUUUUUCAAACUACUGCCGUCAGCCUUGGACAGUCAACAUGUGUCGAAAUUGGUGGGGGUAAUUUCAAUGGAACGGAGUUUGUUUAUUGCAUAGAAAAGUUCUUUGCCGAUCUUCAGACAGAAAGUGGUACCAAAAAGCCCAUUGGUGAUUCCAUUGAGAGUUGUAAGGAUCACAUAUGGCAAGUUAUAAGAACAUCAUCUAUAUCGUCAUAUUAUCUAGUUGAUUACACUGGUGGUGUAUAUCGUUGGCAAGAUAGGGCUAUUGUAGCAAAUAUUCCUACUAAUUUUACUGUACGAGAAGCACAACUAUUGUGGCCUGAAACUAAAAUUGAUUGCUUAGUUUCAAUUGGGUGCGGGUCCAUUCCAACCAAAGUACAUAGGGAUGGUUGGCUCUAUUUAGAUACUGGACAAGUUUAG